GCCGCAGGUGCCGCGGAGGAGGUAGCGGGGGCGGGCGGCGCUGGCGGGAGCCAACCGGGGCCCGUCGCGGCGCCGUGAGUCACCAGCGGGCGCGCAGGGCGGCCGGGCGGCUGCUAUAAGAGCGCCGCGGGGACGGCCUUCCCCCCUCGUGCAUGUCUCCGGCUGCCGCCUCUGCUCCUCGGCUCUCCGCCCGCAGCUCCUGCCUGCCCGCGCACCCCGUCCCCGGCGCGGCGAUGUGGCUGGACCGGCAGCACGGAGACCCGAGCGCCUCAGCCGACAGACGCAGCGCGGGGCGGCGGGCGGUCCCCCGCUGCUGGGCGCUGCUGCUGCUGCUCGCCCUCGGCUGCCUGCGCGCCGCCGCCGACGGUGCAAGAGCAAAAUGUGAAGAAUCCCAGUUUGCAUGUGGUAAUGGACGUUGUAUUCCUCAAAUCUGGAAAUGUGAUGGUGAUGAAGACUGUUCAGAUGGCAGUGAUGAAAGUGCUUGUGUGAAGAAGACGUGUGCCGAAUCUGAUUUUGUGUGCCUCAGUGGUCAGUGUGUGCCUAACAGAUGGCAGUGUGAUGGGGAUCCGGACUGUGAGGAUGGGUCUGAUGAGAGUUCCGAACUGUGCCAUACGAGAACAUGCCGGGUAAAUGAAAUCAGCUGUGGUCCUCAGUCAACUCAGUGUAUCCCUGUGUCCUGGAAAUGUGAUGGUGAAAAAGACUGUGACAGUGAAGAAGAUGAACAGAAUUGUGGCAAUGUGACUUGUAGUCCAGCAGACUUCACAUGCAGCAGUGGGCAAUGUAUUUCCAAGAGCUUUGUCUGCAAUGGUCAAGAUGACUGCAGUGAUGGUAGUGAUGAGCUGGAGUGUGCACCUCCUACCUGUGGAGUUCAUGAGUUCCAAUGCAAGAGCUCGACCUGCAUCCCACUCAGCUGGGUGUGUGAUGAUGAUGCUGACUGCUCUGACCGCUCAGAUGAGUCUCUAGAGCAAUGUGGCCGUCAGCCUGCACCUUCUGUGAAGUGCUCUGCCAGUGAGGUACAGUGUGGCUCAGGUGAAUGUAUCCACAAAAAGUGGCGCUGUGAUGGAGAUCCUGACUGCAAGGAUGGAAGUGAUGAAAUCAACUGCCCUUCUCGGACCUGCAGACCAGACCAGUUCAGAUGUGAAGAUGGAAACUGCAUCCAUGGGAGUAGGCAGUGCAAUGGUGUGAGAGAUUGUCUCGAUGGCACAGAUGAAGCAAAUUGUAACAAUGUUAUUCAGUGCGCUGGACCUGGCAAAUUCAAGUGCAGAAGUGGAGAAUGCAUAGAUAUCAAUAAAGUGUGUAACCAGCAGAGAGACUGCAAGGACUGGAGUGAUGAGCCCCUCAAGGAGUGUAAUGUAAAUGAAUGUCUGGUGAACAAUGGUGGAUGCUCUCAUAUCUGCAGAGAUCUCAUUAUUGGCUAUGAAUGUGACUGUCCAGCUGGGUUUGAGCUUUUGGACAGGAGAACCUGUGGAGACAUUGAUGAAUGUCAGAACCCUGGUAUCUGUAGUCAGAUCUGUAUCAACCUGAAAGGGGGCUAUAAAUGUGAAUGUAGCCGUGGCUAUCAGAUGGAUCUUGCUACUGGGGUGUGCAAGGCAGUUGGGAAAGAGCCAAGUCUAAUUUUCACCAACCGCCGGGACAUCAGGAAGAUUGGCCUUGAGAGAAAAGAAUACAUUCAGCUUGUAGAACAGCUAAGAAACUCUAUAGCUCUAGAUGCUGAUAUUGCUGAGCAAAAACUUUACUGGGCAGACUUCAGCCAAAAAGCAAUCUUCAGUGCUUCUAUUGAUACCCGUGAUAAAGUUGGAACUCACAUCAGAAUCCUGGACAACAUACACAGCCCUGCAGGAAUUGCUGUUGACUGGGUUUAUAAGAACAUCUACUGGUCUGACUCAACUGCCAAGACCAUUUCAGUGGCUACCCUAGAUGGCACAAAAAGAAAGGUUUUGUUUCUCUCUGAGCUGAGAGAGCCAGCUUCUAUUGCUGUAGAUCCUAUCUCUGGCUUUAUGUACUGGUCAGACUGGGGUGAGCCAGCAAAAAUUGAAAAAGCAGGAAUGAAUGGAUUUGACAGACAGCAGCUUGUGACAACAGAAAUCCAAUGGCCUAAUGGAAUUGCUCUAGAUCUUGUAAAAAGCCGCCUGUACUGGCUUGAUUCUAAAUUGCACAUGCUGUCAAGUGUGGACUUGAAUGGCCAGGAUCGUAGAAUUGUGCUGAAAUCACAUAUGUUCCUUCCUCAUCCUCUUGCUCUAACCAUCUUUGAGGACCGUGUGUACUGGAUUGACGGAGAGAAUGAGGCAGUCUAUGGUGCCAACAAAUUUACUGGAACCGAGUUGAUCACCCUAGUGAACAACCUCAAUGAUGCACAGGACAUCAUUGUGUAUCAUGAACUUGUUCAGCCUUCAGGUAGGAACUGGUGUGAAGAGAACAUGGCAAAUGGAGGGUGUAGCUACCUGUGCCUUCCUGCUCCUCAGAUAAAUGAACAUUCUCCAAAGUACACGUGUGCAUGUCCUGCUGGGUACUUCUUGCAGGAGGAUGGUCUGAGAUGUACAGUUUCAGGUACUGGAACAACUGUGGCUUACACUGAGGCUAAAGAUACCAGCACAACAGAAAAAUCUCCAACUGUUGGACUAGUUCCUGGAGGAUUCAACACUAGUGGUACAACCUCUGAAGUAGCUGCAGCUGGAAGAACAUCAGCAGCUUGGAUCAUUCUUCCUGCUGUAUUGCUGAUGAUGGCUGCAGCAGCUGGCUACUUCAUGUGGCGUAACUGGCAGCACAAGAACAUGAAAAGUAUGAAUUUUGAUAAUCCAGUCUACCUAAAAACUACAGAAGAGGACCUCACAAUUGAUAUUGGAAGACACAGUGGUUCAGUAGGACACACCUACCCUGCAAUAUCUGUUGUCAGCACAGAUGAUGAUAUGGCGUGAGCACUGGAUCAGCAAUCACUUUCAGUUUACUUGUGUCUUAUGUUCUUUGGGGAUAGUAACCAGGUUUGUGGCUGAAGGACUUCCUCCGUUCUUGGAAGAAAGAAGAUACUUUCUGUAUUUAUGGAACACUUGUGUAAAUAGUUAUUUUCUACAGCUUAACAACUCUGUAAAUACCUGUCCACAACAAUUCAGCUGUUAGCGGUUACAGUUUUAUCAGUAACCCUUGGGUUGGUUAGUCAGUGACAUCACUGACCAAAUAUAAAGCACUUUCCAUAGAAAGCCAUAUUCCAGCCACAACUUGUAACACCUGUACAUAUGUCUAUAGGCCACUUGUAAAUAACUAUUGGAAAAUCACUAUCAAGCACUUUGAGAUACUUCAGAUGUAAAUUAUUGUACACACUCUUUUUCAUUGAUUGGGGCAAUGGCAAUAGGAAAAAACGGGUUACUAUGAUUGCCAAAAAUUUGUAAACAAAAGUAAUUUUAUAUGUAUGAUUGAAACAAUCUUGUCCAUUACCUCUUAGAGGCCUACAAGAAUGAAUGAUCUUUAAGAAACCACUGUAAAACUCAAAUGCAGCCAAGGGGAUAAAAAUAAAAUGAGUCAAGCAGUUGAAAUAUUGUUCUUGAUUAUUAUGUUAGCAUCGAAGUAAAAGGAUGUAUCUCCUAAGUUGAAAGCUUUAGUAGGCUGCACUACCACUGCUAGCUAGAUCAUGAAGUAUUUCUUCAGUUAUUUCAGCAGCAUUCUAGGCAGCAAAGACACUUGCCAGGUGGCAUGUUUGUUCUUGAGACUGAUAGUCUAUGCAGAGUAAUGGACAGAGUGAGUCUCCUAUCACAAGGAGAAGCUUGGCUGAUCUUCUAAGUUAGGACUGACGCUGGCUAAAAUUACUCAACUGCUACUGCAAGGUUUUGAAAGGCAGCAUUGACAGAUAUGUGAAAUGGAGAUGGGUCAGAGCAUGGUCUGACAGGUGAGUGUGGGUCCUUGCAGUGUCAGGCUGCUGGCAAUUAACUCCCCAUAACUUUUGUAGUAUGACAUGCUACUUGACUCUUGCUAGUCCUUCCCCCUUCAAGGUAAGAAAAAAUUACUUAUGGUGGGGAGGGAUGCAGUUUCAAGGGUAAGAUGUAGUUUGGAAGAAGCAAUAAUUUCUUGGUUGUGCUUUAGUGAUGGCAUGUUAAAUCAUUCUCAGUCAAUGUCUCUGAAAUAAUAAGAAUGAAAAUCAUCAAGUCAGAACUUGGAUAAGUUCCUAGGCUUGCUUCUAAUGCCUGUUUUCAUUGCAGUUACAGCUGGGGUCUGUUCUCUUAAUGGUCUUCUUGUAUUGUUGCCUCAUUUAUUAGCAGAUGAGGAUAGCUGCCAACUUGUGCAGAUUUAAAAUAAGUUGUUUCUAGCAAGUUCAACACUGUUCGGUGAGUUGAAGCUUCUAACCAUCUAUAUCUGGCAACUCUUGACUGCAGACAUUUAAGAUAUCUGGAACUCAUGUGGACUAAAUUGUGUUGCAAAGAUUAGGAUGUAAGGGGGCCUCUAAAGUUUCUGGCUAGCAAUACUGUAUCUAUUUUACCAUGUACUUUUUGGGAUAAAGUGCCUUUCAUAGCUGCCUAAUAUGUGAGGUUUGUUAGUUAUGGGGUAGAAUUCAUCUUUUUCAGUUCUAACUCUGGAUACUCUGAAGUAUUUGUGUUCAAACAUAAUUCUCAGUCAGAUGGUUGAUUGUAGAUUCACAUGGCAGCUAAUUACGGGCAAAAUGCUCUGCCUACCCAGUCUUCGUACAGAGCAGCUCUAUUUUGCUGAUGUUUGUUGCUCUUACAAGUAUCAUACCAAAUGGUGUAAGGAAAGACCAGUAAGUAAAAGACUUUUCUUCCCGAGGUUAAUAUUUAUUUGAGGUAGCAACUUAAGUCUGUUUUGGGAACCUGAGGUAUUUUUUACAGACACUGUGGGCUCUAGGAAUUGGAGUAAAGUUUUCUGACUUACUCCAAUGUGCUGAACAAAAUAUAGUGGCUUGACAAACCAAAUUUGUUCCUAUACUCUAAAGGGGACUUAACACUUUACCAGAUAAAACUCCCAUGGCUUCAUAUGACAGGAGGGAGAAGUGUGGAAUAUCAGGCAGUAGCAGGAGAUUAUAUAAGAUGGCCUGUAGUUAUUUGCAAAUGUUGUUUGGUUUUUAGUCUCACUAGGUUUAUUCUUUCCUGCCCCUCUUCAUUUCUGUAUUAUGAAAUCAUUGUGUACUUCCACAGCAGGCUUAGAGAGUGGUCAGGGAUUCCUUCUAUAAAAACUGAUCCAACCUGAAAUGACAAAUACCUUCCUCUCUUUGAACAGAAUUUUUUCCCCCUGCCAUCUGGAAGUGUUUGUUGUACUCCUCAUCAUAUGACUCCUUUGGCGUGUAGUUAAGGUGGUACAGCUGUACUGAGCACUCCUACAGCAGCACCCUGUGGCUGUGCUGGUGUCCACUAAAGGAAUUCUCAGGCAUCAUCCCUGUCUCAGCUCCUCUUCUGCAGUCUUGUGGUAUCCCAGAGCAAUGGGACAUUAAUAACCUCUUUGGUCAGAUUUUGCUGUUAAGUUGACUUUAUAUUGCUUCUGAAGAGCUUUCUGCUUAUAGAUGACUAGCUAGUAUUCAAGGUAAUGGUAUAGUUUUUGCUUCCCAGAAGAAUAUAUAAGACUUCUGGUUCUAAAUACUGUUUAUUUCUGUUUAGUAUCUGCUGGCCAGUGUAAGUGCAAAGCUAAAUUUGAAUCUGGCUUUUUCUUUCCCUUAUAAAUAUGCAAAUUUCUCUUAAUACACUCCCUCUGCUCCCACAUUUUUUGCCUCUUAUUUGAUCUGCCUUUGUUUUUAUUGCACUGUAAAUAUUUUACAUUAUUGCUCAGAGGGAAGUUAACAUAAAGGGAAUUGAUGCUGCUCAUGUGAUUUUCUUCCACUUCUGGACCUUGUUCCUCUACAGCUACCUACAAUUUUUCUUUUCCAACCCAACUUGUAUUUGCCUACGUUUCUAAUGAACGUACCUUUUUUCCAAUCAGAUCUAUCCUGAAAAAGUGAAGACGCAUUUAUCUAUUUUUAUGUAGGUGCUGAAUCUUGCUAGAUAAAAGUACAGCAACAAAGACUUAUCCUGGAAGAAAUAGUGUGGGGGUCCUCAGAUAAAGGAAAAAAGCAUACAGCUGCAGAAGCUCUCUUCACUUCACAACCGAGAUACAGGUGGAGGCCUCCCAGUACUUCCUGUAGAUAUGGCACAGCAUGUCUGUGGAGAAAUAUCUCCUGUUCCUUCUUUGAGCUGGCUCACAAUGGUGGUUGGUAUUGUCACUUACUGGAAGAAGGUGUCUGGAGAAGUCUGACUGCUAUGUUGUAAAAGCCAACUUAAUACAUUCCUGGCUUGCUGGCUUUUGCUUUUCCUCUCUUGAAAGAGCUUUGAAAUUUACCCAUAUCAAAUGAGAAGUUCUUUAGAGCAGGGGAGGGACAGACAGGCUGCGCAACCAGUUAAGCUACUGAAUAUCCAGGCUGUUAAACAUCUAAAAUAAGGACUGCCUGUGGAAAGAAUGACUGAUGGUCUUAAUUCUUCUUGCACAGCCCUGGUUGGGACAUUUCCACACCGCUGUCAAGCAAUGAAAAAUGCUUCAUAUCAUACGUGAGACUUCCCCUCCACCCCAACAACCUAAACAGGUAACUGAAGGCAAACUUCACUCUUUGCUAGGUAAUUAAUUACUUGAAGAUAGGAAACACUAAGCGUUAAAUCAAGACAAAUGACUGGGAAAAACGCAUUUCAUAGAAAUGGAUUUUUGCUGUGGAGAUGUCCUCUGUAGAGAAACUGUAGACAGUUUUUAGGUAAUUUUUCCCUCAUUCCUAGACAUCCUUUCCUAGAGAAAAACUUCAAAAUAUAUGGAAUGUUUUAUCGUACUGCCAGUGCAUAGACUUAAACUUAAUAGUUGGAUAGCAAUGUAAAAAGAUUAACAUUCAGAGGACUUGUUUCUUUCCAGUGGGAAGUGUUUUUGAAAGGCCUCUUGGAAAGGCUGAUCAUUGUGUACAGUCAAUGCCACAACCAUCUAGAAACAGUGCUGCAUGUUCUAAUGUCCCCUUUGUGGAUAGAUGCAACUGAGAAGUGUGGUUUAGACAUCUUACUCCUUUUCCAGGCCCUUAAAUAUAUGAGAGCUCAUAUGAGCAUUUAAAUAAAGACUUCCUUGAAAGCUAGAUUGUGGUUUGGUAAUUCCAUAGCGUGUUGUGCCUGCUACUGCCUAAGUGACAAAUACUGAGGGUUUCUGAGUUUUUGGCUAGUGCCUCUAGAGGUAAAAAAAGUUCAUCCCAUCAACUUUCUACAAAUAAUGAUCCUUAAUGAAGCCUCAGUACAACUUGGAGCAGCUUGGUCAUUCCAGCUUUACUAGAAGAAGCACUGAUAAUUCUUUAAUUAGGCAGUGUUCAACCCACUGCCCCUCUCUCCCAGCUUUUUUUUUGGUGGAAGAAUAGGUUGAAGUCAUUUGGAGGCAGAGGGACUUGGAGGAUGUCCAUAGAACUUUAUGUAUAAGGUGUUGGUUGUGAUCCAUACACAUUAUCAAAUUCCUGGUGCAAGGUAAAACCUGGUGAUUUUGUAAUUGUAGUAUAGAUAUAUCUUGUCUGAGUAAUGGAGUUUGAAGAGUUGCUUGGACAGAAGUGGAUAGCUGGCAGAUUGUAGCAUAUAAGAAGAAUUAUUUCUUCAUAGCCCUUUGUCUUUCUGGCAGCUUGCACUGCUAGUUUAAUUUAUGUAAGUGAAUGCAGAGAAAGAAAAGUUGUAAAACUGCUUGCUUACAGAGAGCAUAAUUCAAAUGGUGUCAUGAGAUCUGCUUUUCUCUAUUUGAUCUAGUGCAUCCAUCUGAGAGGAAAACCACUCAAAAAAAGCCAUUUUUCACCAUCUUAAGUUUCAGAUGCAAAUACCCACUGACUGCUGAAAACUAACAUUUUGUUAGCUGUCUUUGUAAUUCAGAUGUCACAGGCAAGCAGUGGAUGUUCCCAGUAACAUGGUAGCAUCUAAGGGUCCCUUCUUGACCACCAAGAAUCUAUAGCAGAAGGCUGUUUAGUGCUCCCUGUAUAAGCAUGAUAGGCAUGACUUUCACUAGGAACUACCCCAACACUUUCUUUCGGUGUUCAGUAGUUAAAAGGAUCCACUCCAGAGUAUGGCCUCUGCAAGUGGCUGUGACAUGUAGCAUUAAUAAUUGGACCUGACAUUCAUUUUGUUCUUCUCAUUUGACACUACAGUAGCAGUUAGUUAAUUUAACACUAAGUAGCAGUUUUUUAUGUGGUACUGUAGGAGCAACUGAGAAAAUAAAACUGCCUUUAAAUUACCUCAGAAUAGAAGGAAGUCAAGCAGACAGCCUGGUCAUUAGGAGCCUAACAAUCACAUUAUUGAAUCAGUGAAGACUUGAAAUAAUCACAACUUGUGUAAAUUAAUUAUCUCCAGAGCCUGUAGGGAAGAAGUGAAGCUUCACACUCCGCCUGAAGAGGCAAGGCUGAGCCAGGGGUCUGCUGGGAGGAGCUCAGUCCUCACUAGAGAAUAUUCCAGUUCCUCUGAUGAGCUUAGCUAUGUGGCAGCUUCCGCUUUGCCUGCACUUCCUAUUUCAGUUGUUUUUAGAAGACUCAUAGAAUAAGGUAUAAAAUAAAAUACCAUAAAAUAAGGCCUUUGUGUUAACCAUAGUUCACAGGAUGGAACCUGGCCCAAAUUCAUAGCAAUCAGAAGCAACUGCAUGGGUAAAUCCAAGAACAAAAGUAAGAUAUGCAGAACCCCCACUGCUCACGGUGCAAAAGGUAGGGCAACCAAAACAGUAUACACAGUCUGGGAGGCCUCCAUUAGGCCUGCAGCAACAUCCUUAGGUGCUCCUUGAAGGAGUCCCUGCCAGCAAGUCUGGGUCUUUUGGAAAGGUUCCAGCCCUCUUCUGAGGGCAGCAUGCAAUGCCUCAUCCAUCUGUUGAAACAAAGGAUCAAGGACUGAUAAUCAGGCAGAAAGAUAUCCUGUGUUAUUUAAGAUUAUCAGAAAUUAAUAUUAAAAGUGGAGCAAUACAUUGAAGACAAGAGCAUAAAGUCAGUUUAAGUCAAAGGUGAAGCUGCCAUAUUAAUUCUUCUUGCAUAGGACUCCUAUUCAGUGCAAGCUGUUAACUUAUGAGCUGUACUAAAUACCAUUCUCAAGUGUGACUAUAAAUGAAAAUCCAGAAGACCAGCUAGGCACAGCUCAGCUCUGAAAAUGAUGGGGAUUAAAAGGGCCAUUACCAGGCAGUAGUACAGAAUAUGCAUUACCAAUGAUUUAAUUUUGGUUCUUUGUAUUUAUUACAAAUAGGAAGGAAAUCAAAUCAAUGCGUUUUCAUCUUGGCAAAUUUAUAGCUUGACUUGUUAGGAGCUUACGGUUUGCUUUUAGAAGCAGUACACAGAGAAGUGUACUGACAGAGAGCCCAGUUUAUUUGAGAGAGGAAACAAAACUCGGAGAAAUCGUCCGCCUGGGACAGAAGAAAAUGCCUUGUUCAGCAAUUUAUCUUAAACAUACAAGCUGACACAGCUACAAAGAGGAAUUGUCACAGGAUCCCUUGGCACUCCAGAGUCUCUGUACGCCAGUCCAUCGUGUUUGAUUGUUUAAGCCUCAUGGACCUUGGAAGUACGACUAGUUGAUACAGUCCUGCACUUGGUAAGGAGUGGAAGCUGCCUUCAGAUUAGGUAUGUAUGAAAGACUACUACACAUCUCAUGUGCUACGUAAGUGGAAAGCGUGUUGCACUCAUUCUCCUGUUUGCUUCCUGUUUCCUGCAAAUUUCUUCUAUGCUUCUUUCCCGCUUGUACCAAGUCAUGAGGCUAUUGCAAAUAUAAACCAGAGCUUGUAAAGCUCAUGGGGAGCGGUGGGUGCAUGUGCAUAGCUGUAUUCAUACACAGAUGCACACGCGUACAAGCAGAUUUCACUUAAACAUGCCCAAUGCCAUCAUUUAACCAAAUUUUAGCAAAGACCUGAGGUGAGUUGUUCUGGUGUUCUGCCUCUGUUUUUUUCUGGUUGGCAGUGUAGGUGAUUGUCCUGGUUUUGGCUAAGGACAGGGUUAAUCUUUGGCAAUAGCAGAGAGCGGGAGUAGCCAGGCCUUAAUGUUUUACGUGUCACCUCAGAUCACUGUCAGCAGCAGGCAAAGGGGACUCUCUUCCAAGAAGAGUGAGAUUUCUGGUUGGGAGAAAGCAUGGUGGGGAAGAGCUGUUUGAGAUUUCAUGGGCUUUCCAUGUAUAUAAUUUCUCUGUCUUACUCAUUUUGUUAUCAAUAUUGUUGUUACUGUUCAUUUUCUUAUCUCAUUGCUGUUUCCAGUAAAUUGUUCUUACCUCAACCCAAUUUUAACUUUUUGUGCCUCUGAUUCUCCUUUCCAUCCUGCUGUAGUGGGAAGCGGGAGGGGAAGGGGGAAUGAGGGGAGUGAAUGGCAAUGUGGUUUGGGAGAGUCUCGGUGGGGGCAUUGAAUUGUGGAGUACCAUUCCUAAAUGACAGCUGUGCACCAUAAGGAUAUUUACUUUCUUGUUUUAAUAUUUUGCAUUAAACAUGCUGUUGAAAAGCAGAGAGAAAAUAGAAAUUCCAUAUAUAUGGAGUUUAAUCCAAUCACUUGUGUAUACAUCCAAUCUGCUAGACUUACUGCACUAGUAAGAUGCAUGUUUGAAAGAAACAGAGCAAGCACAAAAUAUUGUGUCAUUAACCGGAUUUCAAAUAACCAUGGAAAAAUCCUUGGAGGUCAUUUUGUACAGCCUACUGUCAGAGCAAAGCUCCUUUCAAAGUUAAAUCAGGUUGCUUGGCUGGGCAAGUUUUGAGUUUGCAGCUUAGAUCAGACUUUAUUACUCAGUUUUGAUUAACAUAUCUUUAUGAUGCUAGUUUCUUUUAGCAAUAAGUUGACAAGGCUUUCUGGUACAAGGACACAAAAUAAGGCACUGUUCUUUGAAAAAUGAAACGGACUCAAAUGCAGAUGUCAGCCAUCAUAGUGAAUAAGAAUGAGUUCUUUGGCACAACUGGCCUAAUGCUUUCAAUAAAAAGAAAUGUGUUUCAGAAUCUGACUGUUAGCUUUAUAUAAAGACUGAUUUUUUUUUGUUGUUGACAUACAGGCUCAGUCAGCAGCUCCAAGACUCAUACUUUGCAUAUAUUCAGGUUACAUGGGAAAUAUGGGAAAUUCAACAAUAAUCUGAAUUUAUUUUAUGUUGUUUGGAAGUCUCAUACACAUGCAUACUGUAAUGGUCAUGCAUUCAUAACAUAAAUACAUUUUCAAAAGCAUCUAUCUAAUAGUGUGAGAAAAGGCCUUGAGGGUGUAAUGCUGCCAACCUUCAAUUUUUUCCAUUCAGUUUUAUAGGACUAUGCUACUAAGAAUAUUUUUUAAGUCAAAAUUUUUCUGAAACUUAACAGAAAUUAUAAUACCUUGCUGUGAUUGUGAUAUUUACAUUGUGAUAGGGUUAAACCAUCUAUGUCCCAAAAAGGUGGAGAAUUUAUCAAAAUAUUAAGUAAGUUAAAGGAGAGGAAAAGGAAAGUGUCUUGGGCUGAUUAGCUUAUUCAUCCCAAAGAAAAAAAGUGAAAAUCAGUUCAACACAGGUAUCCCUAUACCAUUUUGUCUUUAGGCAAAGAAGCUGGAUGUACUGUAUCAACCUGUCCAUCCUUUGCUGCAUUAAAGGAGGACAGUGAAUAAAAUGGGCUAUUAAAAAAUUGACUGGUGACAUAAAAAAAAUUGAUUAAAAAAAUCAGUAAUUUGUUAGCUCUUUGAUAAAGCUGUAGUACUGAACAUGUAAAUAAAUGGUUCCCUGUCUUUGCCUGUUUUGGUUCCAAUCCUGCACUGCUUUCUCCCUGGAAGUAGGCAUUUUUUUCCACUGUAGUUGGUCUUUUUUAAAAGAGUCAUGAAGAAAUGUUUCAUUUUUGUGUUAAUACUGCCACAUGAAGCUUUCAUUUUUAGUUUCUACAGUGCUGAUCUUCCUUCUCAACAGACUCCUGAAGUAAUUAGCAAACAUGAGCAGUCCUGGAUAAUCAGUGACAUAGGAAGCAAGACAUCAGAGUCAGUAAUGUGAGAAGAGACAUCUUUUUGCUGGAAGCUAUGUCACCCCUAUAUAGUUGAUGAUAUCAAAGCAAUUAAAGGUUUUUUUACUUCUCUGCAAACAGUGUUAAGCAUUCAAGUUCAUGUGCUGAAGAAAUAAAUUUCACUGGUAAGUUGACAGACCACUCACAACUUGGCUUCUAUCCCCUUUCCCUUCUGCAGUAAUACAAAAGGAGCAGAGAUAUGCCUGCAGGAGAACUGAACAGAUUUGGAGCAUGGUGUGGCAGGAGAUCACACUCACCCAGAGCACUGCUGCAGCCUGGCAGACCCUGUGCUGAGUGGUCCUGUUUGUGCUGGGGGAUUGGGACAGCCCUGAAUAAGCAAAGGAGCACUAAGAUUGUACAGCUGCUCGGUUCCUUCCCUUGCAGCUGGGACCUGUGCCAGACACAGACAAGCUCUGAGGAAGUGUGCUGUCUCUCCCCCUCCUCCCUGCAGCAGCUGUGCACUCCAGCACCCAAAUAAGUCUUCAUCACUCUAUGGUGGUUCUUUAAAAACAGUUGAACAAAACUUGGAGACCCAUUUAUGCAGUCAAGUUAUUAACACAAGAUUCAGGGCUUGAAUCUGCAUUGUUGUCUGCUUUGUGCAGUAAUUUAAUGGGCAUGCGAAAGGGCAGCUGAACAGCACUAAAACCUUGACCAGCUUUUUUUCUAUCUUUUGUGUACAGACAAUUGAUUAUACAAGAGGCAAAACAGAAUAGCUCAUCUGAUGUAAAACAAGCUGCAAAUUUUGUCGUAUUGUCAUUCGCAUCCUUACUACAAUUUAUUAAAAUUCACUUCAUGAAACUAAAGAUGGAGAGCCCCAUACUGAGAUACAUGCAUGACUGUACCUAGGCACAACAAUUGGCAUCAGGUGUAGCACUUAAGGCAGAACAAUUUUUUCUUCCUGAAUUUUUAUGGAAGUUUGCCCUGUUUUUAACAAAAUGAGAACAAAAUUAUUAGUUUUAGAUACAGGGGGAAAAGGAAUGGCACUGAUUACAAAAAGGAGUACCAUGUAAUAGGAGGUUUUUUAAUUGGUUACUGCUUCAGAGUUAGAUACAAUUUCCUUUUUAACAGUAUAAGAACAUAAUUUUCUGUGUCUGAGACCCUACGUGUGAGAUUUGAUCAUGUGGAGUCCAGAGCACUGUGCUUCCACAAUCAUUCACAAGAAGAUGGAACCCUGGGACUAGAACCUGUUUUCCUCAAAGUAGCAGCUUCACAGCCAAAGCAAUAGCCUGAAAGUAAAAAUUAACUAAGUUCAGCAUGAAAUAUUUUACAGAAGAAAAAUCUCCAGGAACAGAAUAGCCUAAAUGGUAGUGGUUAUGAAGAUUUUACUGAGAUUAAUUGGUUAAAUUAACAGCAAAGCUUUUCUGCCUCAGGUGUCUUGUUGACUGCUCUGUGCAGGAAGCAGCAGUCUUUGCAUGAGGAGAAAAUGUCUGUGAUGCUGUGAAGGUCUGGAGUGUAUAUUUAUUGCAUAACAAUUUAAUCUGCUUGAGUCGAUAGGGUUUGCCACAAUUAUACCAGCUUAAGAAACCAGUGAAGCUUUAAGGACACACCCUGAGUUUAGAAUAGCCCUUCUCUUCAAGGAUAAUUUUGAUCCACCCUUAAGAAACGAAGGCGAGUUUUCUUUGGUUUUUUGGUUUGAGUUAUCUAUUUUUACCACAUGGUGUCAAAUGCCAGAAGGAAUUCUCUUACUUGAAAUUAUGCAAAGAAAACAUAUAUGACAUAUUUCAAUAGUGACAUUCUAAAAUUCAAACUGCCCUGAGUGAUAAAGGACAACUUCAUAGGUUUAAAUAUUCAAAUGGAUAGAAUUAUCUGUGUUACUUUAAAAAAGAAAAAGGAAACUAAAAAAAAUAAUUUGAAACAAAAUUUUAUCUUCUGAUGUAUUCAGAUGCACAUGUGGGUCCAGCACUAUUAUGAGACAUAAACUGUUUUGGGCAAUACAUCUAUUUAACAAGCGGAAAGAGACGUUAUCAUGGUUCUUCCAAACUAUCAUGUCAGGGCUUCCAAAAAAACCCCUGUAUUUGAAUAUGAAGACCCAUGAAACAGAGCAAAUGAUUGUUGUAAGAAAAGAAUAUGAUUUAAUUUUUGGUAUGUAACAGAGUAACAUGUUUUAAUGGAAAAAAAUUAACAAAUAUAACAAUGUCAGCCAGCAGCUGACAGGAGCAAGGAAGCUUGCACAGAGAAGUAAGUAUCUGUUUUAUAUCUUUAUUUAUAUCUAUUUUAAAUAUCUGUAUAUUUAUUUAUAUCUAUAUCUUUAUUUUUUUGUGCUGUAGAUCCACCAGAGGCUAAAACUAUGACAUCAUGGAUACUUUCCUCAUGACACAUUGUUUGUCCACCAUGGAGGGCAACAUGAUAAAUUUUCAUAAGGCAGUCUGUCAUCCAGCUGGCAGACAGUGAAAUACAAUACUGUCAGAGGGCAAGCCAAGAAAGAAAAGAAGACAGAGACACAAUGUUUUUCUGUCCUAUGACCACCAUUUUAGUUAUGCUAAUCCAACAAAUUAAAUGCAAGAAAAUCUACUUAAAAGGCAAUGUUACGCUCCAGCUGCCAAAAAAAUCAAGAAAUUGCAGUGUGAUGCUGCUUCCAAAAUGUGCCCUCUCCACGUGCACAUGCACACGUACACACACACACACUAAGUGUGGUUAUGUCAUGCUCAAAAGUAAUGCUGGAAUGUUCCAUUUAAAGGGAGCCAAGCCGACAAAUGAGUAAAUUAGUGCUGUUAGAACAGCUGGAAAUAGUUUUUUCUGUCUGUCCCUUUUCAAUUUGUUCUCAUAUAUUGCAUUAAUAUUCUAUUUUCCACCAUAAGAAAGAAGGGAAAGAAAAGCAGCAGAUAAUAAAUUCCUAGUUUAGCAUUUCCAUUGUCUUUCAUGUUAAUGGGUUUUCCCAGGCUCAGGGAUGUACCUUAUGCUGUGGGGCAACCUAUAAUACUUCCUCUGAACUGUUAUGCUUGAGUGUUAAUCUGUAUGCUUAAUUCUGCAUCAGAGGAUGUUAGACCAUUUUCCACUCUUUUUCACCAAAGACCAUGUGUACAAACAUAUUUUCUUUCCUGUGAUUUAAAGGGAUUCACCAAGUGCUACUUGUAAUAAAGAGACCAUCCUAUUUUGGUUUCUACUAUUUUGAUUUUAGGUUAUGUUUUAAAUAUAGUAAGUUAUUGGUUUUUUGAAUUAAAAUAUUCAAUAUUCAUUGUU